AGCUUGACGGUGGUCCUGUCCAGCCCACAGAGGCUCGGAUGAGGAAGUCCUGUCACACCGGCGUUGUGUUUUAAUAAGCCAGCGACAAAACCGCAGGAGCCAUGAAGCUUCGACUGCAUUUUGUGGUUGACCCCAUGGGCUGGCUGUGCAUCAGCAUGGUGUUUGGGAUCUGGCUGUACAACUCCUUCUUCAUUCCCAAGCUUGUGCUGCUUCCCCACUACAAUGAAGGACACAUCCCCUGGGCCAUAGUUGUUUGUUAUUAUGUAGCAUCAACCCUCUGUGUAGCAGCCCUGUUCAGAGCUUCCACGGCAGACCCCGGCCGUCUUCCUGUGGACCCCAACAUACCUCACUCCGAGCGAGAACACUGGGAGUUGUGCAGCAAGUGCAACCUAAUGAGACCCAAAAGGUCCCACCACUGCAGUCGCUGUGGCCAUUGUGUGCGCAGAAUGGACCACCACUGUCCUUGGAUCAAUAACUGUGUGGGAGAAGACAACCACUGGCUCUUCCUGCAGCUCUGCUUCUACACUCAGGUCCUCAGUUUGUUCACCUUGGCACUGGACUUCUGCCAGUACUAUUACUUCCAGCCACUGACAGGAUUAGACCAGGAGGCGUUCACGUCGCGCCACGAGCUGGCUCUGCUGCGCGGUUCGGCGCUCAUGGGUGUGGUCAUGUUUGGUGGCAUGAGCAGCCUGUUCUACACUCAGAUGACCGGCAUCCUCUCUGACACUACCACUAUUGAGAAAAUGUCUCAGUUCUCAAGUGAAACAUAUGUAAAAAAGAGAUCCUGGCAGUGGGCACUGGCCGAAGUGUUUGGCACUCGCUGGAAAGUCCUGUGGUUCAUCCCUCUACGGAGCAGGCAGCCGCUCCAAGCCAGCCACCACUUCCGCACCCACGUGUAGACCAGGCGCUCUGCUCUUCCUCCUGCCUGUGCAGAUGGUAGGGGCUGCCACGUUCAACCAGAAAGAAACACCGUACACACACUUAAAGCAUCCAUCUGCUCGCCUUCACCGUCCUCUUUUAUGCCAUGGGAGCUGGGCAGCAGUCUUGGUUUGCCAACAGAUACACAAAAAGCUUGUUUUGCCUUUCUCCGUAGCGCCCAGGCUGGCAGUAAACAGGGUCAAGAAACACCUUCAAGAGAGACGGGGAAGUGUUGCUUUUGCAACAUCGAGAAUACAUAUUGUUACUAACUGUGACUGCUACUUUUGGCAUUUGGGAGCCACUUUUAAUGGGAUACGGCAACAGAAGGAUGGAAAUUUUCACCUGAAAGCCACUGGCAGAAGGGACCCCUCUCAGGUUACUUUAAUAAAGAGCCUUUACCACUGAUCUUUAAUCAACACAACGGACAGGACUAUGGUAACUCCAGUGUGUCCACAAGAAAGGCUGCUUUUGUUAAUAGUUUGUGUCUUGGUUCCUUUUAUUAUUUAUGUGUUACUAGUCAUGCAUGAGCAGCGGUUUUACUUCGUGGUUCUGGUUUGUCAUCUCCCAGGGAAAUAGAUCCAAAAUUUUUCUCCUGACUGUCAGCUCUUUUACAAUGAGAAAGUGAAAAUAUUCUUUAAAAGAUUAUAUUGAAGAUUUCUUGUGGAUAAAAGAAUUUGGCAUCAAUUGCAUUCUGUUAUUUUAUGAUUGUUUUAAUUAGGGUAUAUUUACACAAUGAAGGGAUGUUUUUAUGAAGGGUGAGCUAGCGUCAAAAUAAGAGACGUUGACUACUGAUGUGAUACUUUUGUUUAAUAAUAAAAUGCUGAAAAUUUAGUCAUACUUUGGCAGAAAUCACAGAUUAGACACAAGCUACACAAUCUACCUUAGGCUGUAUAUAUAAUAGUAGUGAUAUUGGGCUCUAAAUAAACCUGAAUUUGAGCUUGAACUUUCAGGUAUAAUGGAGUUGCCCUGAAAACAUGUCACAGCCUGUUAAUAUGACCUGCUAAAGUGUGUGUUGAGGUGUGUUGCAUUCCAUGUUAAAGGGGGUUCACGUGUCACAUCUAGUGGUAAAGGUUAUCUUAAAUCAGUCUGUUUAGGUUAAGUCCUCCAUAUCAGCCAUAGCACUUAAAAUGCAGUGGCGCAGAUGAUUUUUGCACCAUUGCCUUACAUGCUAUACUAUUGACAAAUAAGAGUCUUAGAUAUGUUUGAAAAGGAUGACUGUAUAAAUGCUGAGUUGUGUUGUUAAAACAUAAAAGUACCAAACAAUGAGCGUAAGACUUUUGGUGUAAUUCUGUGAUCCCUUAAGGAGAUUUUACUUCAUUGUUCAUCCUUCAGGAUACUUAAGGAGAAGAUGAUUCAGUGCAUAAUAUUACUAGUAUAGUGCAGCCAUUAUUUUCCAUGUUACUUGGCAAUCUGUUAGCUAAAUCUGUAGGUGAACAAAGCUUGCCAUACAGUGAAAAUAUUACAGUAUCCAAGUAGUUUAAAGUGCCUGUCCAGACAAUUGUUUUUGUGCUGUUUUCUGUUCUCAGUAAGUACGUCAUGACGUCGGUCUUCAUACAAGCCAAAGACCCGGCUGUAUCGUUGCAUUGCAGUUCGUAAACGUUCAGUAAACGCAUGUUCCAUCUUCCUGCUGAAACAAUACAGAUCAUAUCAAAACUCUGGAGGUAGCAGCUUAAUAUAUGCACUGAUUUAUACAUUAGGGCGUUCUCUUUUAAUAACACAGCGGUCCUUUUGAAAGACUCCUCACUUGAAGUUUUUUAUGUUCUGUUGUUAGACGUGUUCUCUGUUUUAAUCAUUAUGUUAAAUCGUCAGCACUGAGUGUACAGUUUGCUCUUUUGCCUGCUUUUUUUUUAUAUAAAUCAAAAUCAGAUUCUUGGAUACUGAUAUUUAUGUGAAUUUUUAUGUGUAAGAGCUGCUAUUCCUUUGUAACUCUUUUAUAUUUUUUUAUUAUUUGUUGGGUUACGCAGAUGUGAUCGAUUGGUACAUAAAGGAAGAAGAUUAUUGAUGAAUUUCAGUUUCUUUCCUUUGUCAUUCUUUAAGAGCAAUAAGUACCAUGUGUUAUGAAAGUCGUCUGUGUUGUAACAGUGAAAAUCUGAUGUGUACUAUGGAAUCUGAACUAUGUGUGGCUAGGCCUCAUUCAUUUGACUUGCUAACUGCUCGCACUGCUUAUUGGGAUACUGUUGCAGCCCUGUGUUUGUUUAUACUUGAGUCACCUCAGCCAAGGUUAAUCCUACUGCUAACAUGUGCAUUUUGAUUUGAACGAAGAGCUGCAGGCGGCUGGAGGGCUGAAAAGUAGAAUCACAUCAGAGAGAGACUGAGCUCACUGCCUGUCACAGCCGCCGUCUGGCCUCCGUCUUUGGAUCUGUACGAUUUUUCUCCACGUACCACGGUACUCAGGCCUCGUGGUACAUUUCGGGCUGCGUCGUCCAGCUUUAUUUUCUUCUCGGUGAAUGUGGAUGACUUUGGCGAGCAUGAAAACUUGAAACAUCAAACACUGGGACUACAUCGUUUUUUGGGGGAAGUUUAUUUAAUGAAGUUAAUAUACACUCACAUGAAAAGAUGUUACCCAUUCUUUAUCUACAGGAUACAUAUGAUAAAUUGUCUAUUGAUCACAUUAGGAAAUUGUACUGUGAUGGUAGAGGUUAUCAUAUAGGUAUUCAUAUUCUAAUAAAUGCGUUUUAGGUG